GUCGACAGGUGGCAGAUAAAAUGUUCAAAAUACUGGCCAGAUGAGCGGGCUACAUACGGAAAGUGUAACGUCAAACUUGAUCAAGUUGAACAGUAUGCUGAUUUUGCUAUUAGACAUUUCACCUACAGCAUGGACGGAACAAGAUUCGAACGACAAUUGAUCCAGUUUCAUUACACAUCAUGGCCAGCGACGGCUUUGUCUUUAGUGCAGUUUUGGAGAAAAGUGAGACAGAGUGAAUUUGUGGAAAACACACCCUGGAUGGUGCAUUGCAGUGCCGGCGUAGGAAUGACAGGGACCUUCAUUGCCUUAGACUAUCUCUAUGACCAAGGAAAGGUUGAUGAGAAACUGAAUGUUCCAGAAACUGUGAAUGUUCUAAGAGAGCAACGAGUAUGCAUGGUUCAGACAAAGGAGCAGUAUCUCUACCUUCAUGAAGCUAUUUUGGAACUGCUAGACCCCGUUGGACUGAUUUUUACUCCGGAAAAUAGCAUGAGGUUUCAGUCAACUGUAACAGAAUACAGAAAACUUAUCAAAGAGUUCAAAGCAAUAACAGAUUCAAUCGUAAAUGUGACAACAGUGGAAAACGAUAACGAUUUUGACAGAAUGCCUGACGGUCAAUUACCGGAAAACAAGUGCAAAUCAAUCGAUAUGAACGUCAUACCAGAUGACAUGUUUAGACCUCUCAUUUCGUCUGGAAAUGAUUUCAUAAAUGCUGUGUAUAUUCCGACGUACAGAGAGAGUGAAAAAUACAUUGUGACGCAGUUUCCAUUGCAAAAUACAACUGUUGAUUUUGUUCGACUUUUGUGGGACCACAGCAUUCGAGAUGUCGUUUUACUGGACCAAGAUGACGAAAAGGCAUGUCUACAAAUCUCUGCGGAGAUAAAGAUACGAUCUCACAUUGACUUAUAA